AUGUCCAGCCAAGGAAGUCCUGGUGUGGAGUUUUCUACGACGACAGUUAGUUCAGUAGCUGUUCAGGCUGGGGACUCCAGAAUCGUGAUAGCUGUCAUAAAGUGUGGCAAGUGGGUGCAACUUCAAUUGGCUGAAUCACAGCCCAAUCUUCUAGAAAUUGGUAGCAGUCAAGAUGAGACCAAAAAACUUCUUCAUGAUCAUGAACUUCUUUUGGCCAAGCUCAAGGCUUUGGAAGAUCAGGUAUGGGAACUCUUGCAGGAAGCAGACAAGACAGCUGAAGAGAACAAGGAUCAGAGUCAGGUCUAUGAUGCCAUGGCCAACACCUUGGGUGAAGCAUGGGCAGCCCUUGUCUCCAUGCUUGAAGGAAGAAGGGAGCUCCUCAGGUUGAGCUCUGAAUUUUUUGAAAAUGCAUUGGAGUUUGCUAUUAAAAUAGACCAAGCUGAAGAUUUCCUCCAGAACACCCAGGAGUUUGAGAGUGCUGAGUCCUUAAAAUCACUUCUUCAGCUUCACGAACAUCAUACCAAAGAACUCUUAGAACGAUCUCUAAUCCUUUUAAACAAAAGUCAACAGCUCACUGACUUCAUAGAAAAAUUCAAGUGUGAUGGACCUAAUGUGAAUCCUGAGUUGAUUCAGGGAGCUCAUAACAGCUGUCUGAAGAUUGACAGCCUUCUUGAGCUUCUACAAGAUAGGAGACGGCAACUCGACAAGGACCUGAAGCAACAGCAGCAAGAAUUGGGUCAGGUUCUGCAGUUAUUUCAGUGGGACCAGCAAGAAAAUCAGGUUACUUGUUGGUUUCAGAAAACCAUAAGAGAUUUACAGGAACAAAGUCUAGGUUCAUCACUUUCAGACAAUGAGGAGCUAAUCUGUAAGCAUGAGGAAUUGAUAAUAAAAGCAAAGGAAUGGAAUUCCGCUGUUGAGAAGCUGAAGAGUGAUGCACUUGGGAUUCUGCUGUCUAAGGGCUACGUGGAGAAAGAGCAUCUACAGCUCUCUAACCAGAAACUGCAUCAGCUUCAAGGAGAAUGUGAUCGGCUCAUGGUAGAAAGGAAAACUUGGUUAAAAAAGGCAAAUGUUUUUUUUAACAGCGCUAAUAAGGCAUUUGAUGUACUUGGGAGAGUUGAAGCUUACCUUAAGCUCCUUAAAUCAGAGGGUUUAAGUCUGCCUGUCUUGGCAGCGAGGCAUGAGGAAUUACACAGAGAAAUUAAAGACUGCACAGCUGAUGCUUUGCAAAAGGGACAAGCCUUAAUCAGCCAAGUAGACUCCUGUAGCUCUCGGGUAACUGGAGUCUGCGAGAUGAUGGGAUGCAUUGAGAGGCGAGUGGACCAACUGACCCAACGGUGUUCAGCGCACAAAGAAUUUGCUCUUAAGAAACAGCAAUUAACUGCCUCGGUGGAGGGCCACCUCAAGAAGGUGGAAAUGUCAAUUCAGAAAAUCAGUCCAGUACUUUCCAGUGCAAUGGAUGUCGGUUCCAGCCUUUCUGAAUCAGGGAAGAUUUUGAGUAAAUACUUGGAACUAGAUAUGGAAGCUAAGGAGACAGCACAUGAAUUAGAAGCAGCUGCAAAACUUAUGACAGAGAAAAAUGAAUUUGAACCUGAUGAAGUGGCAUUGCUUUCUUCUAAAGCUAAAUGGCUAAAGGAAGAAUUAAAAAUACUUGGCCAAAGCAUCGGCUCCAGGUCACAAGUCCUGCAAACUUAUGUGGCAUUUCUAAAGUCCUCAGAAGAGGUACAGGAGCAGUGUCAGAGCCUAAAGGAGUUUUACCAAACUGAAAUCCUGCAGAAGGAAGAGGAUGAUGCUGAAGCCAAGCAUCGAUCUGACUCAGCUGAGAAGCAAUGGCAGCUAUUUUUGAAGAGGAGUUUUUUAACUCAAGACCUAGGGCUUGAGUUCCUUAAUUUAAUAACUAUGGCAAAAAGGGAUGAAAUAUUAAAUGCGAAAAGUGAAGUGCACUUUAUGGAGAACACUAUGGAAAGCCAGAAGGCAGAAAGAGAAGAACUCAGCCACCUUCGGAUGACAUGGCAACUUAAAGCCAUUGCAAGCAAGCCUUUGAAACAGCAGUGGGGAGCAUUCAAAGAACAACUUAGAAAGACUACUUACAACUUACAACUUCUUCAGAAAGCACUUAUGCCUGUGUCUGCUCUUGACCUUGGAGGGAGCCUCCAGACCAUUGUAGGUCUACAGAAAAAAUGGAACGAAAUGAAGCCUCAGCUCCAGCAACUGAAUGAUGAAGUUCAGUACAUUAUAAAAGAAUCAGAAGAGUUAAGUGGCAAAGGAGCUCCUAUGAAAGAGAAGUCUCAACAACUAAAGGGGCUUAUUCAUCUCCAUCAAACACAGAAAGAGAGAAUCCAAGAUUAUGAGGAUAUCCUGUACAAGGUGGUCCAAUUCCACCAAGUCAAGGAAAAGCUGGGUCAUCUCAAUAAAUCAAGGGAAAUGGAGUUUUUAGAAGAGCCAAAGGAUCUGGAUGAUGCCCACGAAGCCCAGGUUCACCUCAUUCGCUCGCAGGAAAAGCAGGCACAUAUUGAUCAUCUCCAUGAACUGGCCCUUUCCCUGGGAGUGGAUGUCAUCUCAUCAGUGCUACGGCCUAACUGCUCUAACAUUUCUGCAAAGAACCUGCAGCAGCAGCUGGACAUCCUUGAGGGGGACCAUGUGAACUGGCGUGCCAAAGCCCAGGAGUAUGAACGGACCCUGACCUGCAGCUUGGAGUACUGCACCUCAAGGGACAAGAUAAACGAGCUCAAAGAGUCAUUCAAAGAUAUCAAAAAGAAAUUCAACAAUUUAAAGUUUAAUUACACUAAGAAAAAUGAAAAAGCUCGGAACCUGAAGGCUCUUAAAUAUCAAAUUCAACAAGUUGAUGUUCAUGCUGAAAAAAUACAGGCUUUGAAAAAGAAAAUGGAAAAAGUUGAGAACAAAACUUCUGAUUCUUUCUUAAAUUAUCCAAAUAAUAAAGUUAAUGUUCUUUUGGAAGCAAUGAAGGAUUUGCAAAAACAUGUGAAUGAGUUUGAGAAAGUUGUGACAGAUUACAAGGUGAAUUUGGACCUGACCGAACACCUCCAGGAGAUGAUAGAAGAGUGUCACUUUUGGUGUGAAGAUGCAAGUGCCACAGUUGUAAGAGUUGGAAAAUAUUCCACAGAGUGCAAGACAAAGGAAGCUGUGGAAAUUCUCCACCAGCAGUUCAAUAAGUAUAUCGUGCCCUCAGUGCCUCAGCAAGAAGAAAGGAUUCAGGAGAUCAGUGACCUAGCUCAGCGCUUAUAUGGUUUUGAAGAAGGGCAGAAAUACGCUGAGAAAAUAGUGGCAAAACACAAAGAGGUUCUUGAAUCUAUCACUGAAUUAUGUGUCUCUCUCACAGAGCUUGAAGAAAAGUUGAAGCAGGGAGACAAUUUAAAGACAAAUGUGAAUUUAGAAGAUUUCCAUGAUGACUUCAUCGACCUGCUAAAAGAACCAGCAAGAAAUAAGCAGACACUAUUCAAUGAAGAAAGGAAUAAGGUAAAGAAAACUGUUGCAGGUGUUUGGGCCAUCAGUGGAACAGGAGAGGGUCAGCGUCCCCCGCACCUGAAGCAGCCGCCCUGUGACAGAGAGGGUGCUGUCCAAGGCCGGCUCCUGCCUGCAGACAUACUUUCAGGAGAAGAAUAUGAAUGUGUCUCACCUGAUGACAUCUCCUUGCCUCCACUCUCGGGAAGCCCCGAUUCCCCCCUUGCCCUGGCUGCCAUGGACGUGGAGCAGCAUGCCAGCCCUGCCCUCAGCCUUCACACGAGCAGCUACAGGAUGCAGACUGGGGCCAGCAGUGCAGGGGAGGCCCAGGAAUCGGGCAUUCCACCACCUGCUGCUUUGGCUGAUGCUUACAGUGAUAACAGAGAAACAUUUUCAAGUCAUUUUGAGAGGCCGUACCCCCAGUUCAAAGCUGAGCUCCCAUUAACCUCCCGAGGAUUUCUGGAAAAAAGUACUGCCUUCUGCAAAAUCAGUGCUAAACAUCCAGAGAGCAUGCCGAGUGAAGUGCAUGAGAGAGCUUCACAGCAGCACCCUCAGGCUCAGGGAAGUUUGCUAGAAACACGGGAGAAAGUGCAUGUUGAUAAUAACAUCACUAAAACCCGAGACAGGCUGCAUGCUUCCCAGGAUGCAUUCUCAGGCCUUGGGCUUCGAUCAGGCCCCAGCCGGGCCUAUCAGAGGCAAACAGUCCCCCAAGAGGAGAUUAAAUGUACAUCAGCAAAGAACACGGUGGUCAGCCUCACUGGCCAGGCUCCUAAUUUCUCCAGGCUCCUGUCUAAUGUAACUGUCAUGGAAGGUUCUCCAGUGACUUUGGAAGUUGAAGUAACAGGAUUUCCAGAGCCUACACUGACAUGGUACAAGAAGGGCCAGAAAUUGUCUGCAGAUGGGCACUUAGAGGUUUUACACAAGGAGACAAGACAUUCGGUGUUCAUUCCGAAGGUAUGUGAGGCAGACGCAGGCCUCUAUGUGGCUCGGGCCCAAAACUCUAGUGGCAUUCUCUCUUCCAAUGUCAUCCUCCACGUGACAGGUAACCACAGGCCGCCAAUCACAAGAAUAAACUGGGUAAUGCUGUGUGUCAUCUACAUUAGUGUGUCCCUAAUGUACUGGGUACUCACACAGUAA